CUGAAGCUGUCAUCCUCAAGACAACAUUCGAUUGGUCCUUCGAAACGCCAUACGUCAUCUCCGCCCCCUACCACGGGAGCGCGCACGCUCCUUUUCCCUGCUCCGGAAUGUUAUUUAUGGCAGGCGCGCUCCCGCGGACUGCACCGUUAUUAUUCGACGAGCGACCGACACCGAAACUACAAUGUCAAACAUUUACAGGACACCGAGCUCCUCCGUGUUCAAGGAUCCGUCCUGAUUUCUUAAUAUAGGCCUACGCGCAAAAUCUACGAACAAUCAGAUGAUAUUUCUGGAAGCAAAAGAUUGAGAUGAUGUAUCAUCUUUCAGACAAGGUGGAAGUGUGAGUGAGUCAGGGAGAGAUGGAGGUGAUUAGAAGAAAAGACUCUGACUCAAACGGCCUCUUCUCAGACAACUCGGACAAUGACUGUGAGGAUAUGGGGGCUUGUGGGCAGACGACUGGAGUGUGUUUGUGUGAAAAUACCCCCUUUACCACCUUCUGUGAUCAGCACCCAAAGGAGGGCUCCAGUGUGAAAUGUGUCCAGUGCGGUAAGAACAGACCCAUGAUCACCAGAUACUCAGAGGGUUACGGCACAGAGGAGGAGUGUGUCCAGCCUCAUCUUCAGGGAGACAGCGACGCAGACGCAGACAUCGAGGACACGGACAGCAGGCUCCAGAUUGUGGGUUCCCUGCAGCGAAUCAGCUCCCGGAAGAGAAAGCGUCAGCGAAUCACGCGACAGGACACAACGGAGAGUGAGGACGAUGGUGGGCGGAGCCAUAGAACGCACCGCUGGAGUCUACGGCUCAGUCCUCAUCGCACACAUAACAGGACUAUACUGGAGGAGAGCAUUUCUCAGGUGCGGCCGCUGAUAAUCUGCCGCUGUGCAGCACGAGAGACUCAAACAGCCACGGACGACAAACCCAACAGUGGAAAAUGGUCCCUGACAGUGUUUCCUGUCCCUCUUUCUGUCCCUGUGUCCUGUUAUCUGCUCAUCGUCCCUCUCUCUAUAUCCAUUAUCAUCGUUCUCGUGUCAUUCCUCCUACCGCUCACAGAUACUUGACAUUGCCUAAAAAUAUCACUGUAUAACCCUCUUCACUAUGAAUCAAUUCAUUUCUUUUUAGUUGUGUCUACAUGUACAGUGUAUUAGACCCUUUUAUACAGUGUUAUCUAUAGAAGCCUGUUUUUGCCACGUGAGGAAAAUGCUUUGGUAAAUCAUUAUGAGAUAAAAAGGUAAAAGUUGUGACACAUUAUGUAAUGAGAUAAAAAGUCAUAAUUGUGACACACCAAGUCACAAUUAUGAUCAAAUUUUGCAAAAAUUAUGACUUAAGUCAGCGUUUCCCAAUCCCAGUCCUCGCCACCCCCCCCUGCAUAUUUUGCAUGUCUGUCUUAGUUAACACACCUGAUUCAGAUAACUAGCUGGUUAGAAGUGAGCUCCGUGCAUGAACUGUGUUCCGAUUGACAUGAUCCCUACACGGUGUUCAUUGCUCCCUACUCCCUGAGCAGGGAAAUCCGUUUAAGUCUUCUUCACUUCGGAACAUUAAUUCAUGUAUUUUCGCUUCGCCGCUACCUGCAGCGACUUCACACACAGACGAGAGGACAUCAUAUAGCUCUGUAAAUAAAUACAAUUUAGAUUCACGUCUUGCACACUUUAAUGCCCUUUGAAUGGAAUACACUCGCUUCGAACUGGAAUCAUGGCGGAAUAUCUGGUGAUAUCCACUUCGCAGGGCACUUACGGUCGAACAGAACAAACGUUGUAUGUGAUAAGAGAUACAUACGAAAUAUGCAAAGCGGAGGGGUGGGGGUGGGGGCGAGGACUGGGAUUGGGAAACGCUGAUUUAUGAGAUAAGCUCAAAAUUGUGACACUAACCCCCGGUUUCACAGAUCACGGUUAAUCUUAGACUAAAAUGUAAGUCUUAGCUGUUUCAACUGAAAUAAACUUGCACUGACUGAUCUUAAAAUAUAUCAGUGCCUUUGUUUUGUCUCAAAAUCCACCCCAGUAAUGUUUUUUUUUUUUCUAAGCAUGUUUAUAUAAAUUACUUAAAUGUCCUAAUUGAACUAUGGCCUAAUCCUGGUUUAGUCUAAACCCUGUCUGUGAAACCGGGCCUAUGUCAUAAUGAGAUAAACCUCAUAAUUGUGACACACUAAGUCAUAAUAUGAGAUAAAAAGUCGAAAUUGAUACACCAAGUCACAAUGGAAAUAAAUGAGAUGAAAAGCCAAAAUUAUAAUAUAUUAAGUCACAUUUCUGCGAUAAAAGUCAACAUUUAUGUCAUACUAAGUCAUAAUUAUGAGAUAAAAAGCAAAAUGUGGAACACCAAGUCAUAAUUAUGACACAAAAAGUUAAGUAAUAAUUGAGAUAAACAUUUCAAAUAUAAUGACAAAAAUCAUUAUGACAUACUAAGUCAUUAUACAAUAAGUCAAAAUGAUGAUGUACUGAGUCACAUUUAUGAAAUAAAAAGUCAAAAGUAUGACACAAAUCAUGAGAUAAAACUCGAAAUUAUGAGAUAAAAAAAUCAUUAUUUCUUUCAGAAUUAUGGCUUAGUAUGGCAUAAUUUUAACUUUUUAUGUCAUAAUUGUGACAUUAUCUUAUGUGGUGUUAAUGGGCUCCUGUAGCUGUUGGACACCAAAGAUAUUCAGUUUAUUGACAGAAAUCGCAUUUGGAUGCACAACAUGAUCAGGGGUGUAAAAUUAGAGCGAUACUGUACUUAAGUGAGGGAAUACAGUGUCAAAAUGUCAUUUCCACAUUUAAUUGUGUUUAAACAAAGUUAUAAUUUUUUAACUAAGGCAUCUCUUUGCAAAGACCAAUGACUGCAAUUGUGUUCAAUUACAUUUCACAUUGAAAUGGAUGUCAUUGGUUGUUCAUAAAAAGCACGAGAUAGAGCUCAAUUUGAUUGGCUUAGCAGCUUAGUAAGAUAAAAACGCUAUAGGCUUAUAUUUUUAUAUAAUAGGAAAUAUUUCAAUAAUAAUGUACUUGGUUCUUUGAAAUGUGGAGCAGUUUCUCCCUUUCAAAAAAGCAAUUUCAAAAUCACUCAAGCAAAGAACGUAUUCCCAAAUUAAUACUUAAGUAUAUUAAUGAAGUGUAAUGAAGUACUUUAACACUCCUGCAUGUACUGCUUGAAACGUUGUGUGAUUAAUCAGAUUUCAAUAUAAAUGCUUUUCUUUUUGCAGUGUUUAAAGUCGACAUGAAAUGCAUUCACAAUCGGUUUUACUUCUUAGAGCAGGACUUGAUUUUAUUCAUCACAGUUUGAUGUGAUGGUGUAAAGUGGGCAUUUAGUGAGUUUGAAGAGGUUUUUUUUUUGACCUGGAACGUGAAGGAUGAAGGUCAUGUUCACCCUCAUCUGCUAUUAUUGCCGUGACCUUUAGUACAUUAACCAGCACUAAAUGACUUCAAAAAGAUUUUAGAAAGCAGCUGAAUAGCUAUUUGACAGCCUUGACAUCAAGUGCAAAAGAAAGUCAUUUUAGCCACAAAGAAAGUUCAAUGAAAGAUAAAACCAUGGACAAUAAGAUGAGGAACAUUUAUGAGGAAAGUGGCUUUCAUGUUGACUUGAACAUCAGUAAAAGCAGCUCAGAUCCGCAUCACCAUGAAGUGAAUCACUCCUCGUGUCUGUUGAACCUCUGCACUGUCUCUCAGUGUCAUCAGAAAUAGAGCUGUUAUCUAAUUCUUCAUGCUGUGUGUGUGUGUGUGGGAGAGAAGCACAUCGUGGCCAAAGGCCCACCGCCACAUGUGGGCUGAAUCUAUGCAAGCGUCAAUCUUUUGACAAACUCUUUUUGGUGUAAAUAAGCUCGUAAGAGUUUUCAUUCCUCUUUCAUCUGUUCCUGACUCUUCAUCGUGUCGCUCAUGGAUUUGUUCUCUGUGGAAAGGGCUGUUGUUUGUCUCACGCUGGCUCACUGUAAAGGCGACUGCAGUAUUUCAGUCAGUGACUCAUUUGAACUGACUCCAGACGCAAUAUUCACAGACAGAAGCACAAGCGUGAAGCCCAAUUUAUACUUCUGCGUCGGACCUACGCCGUAGCCUCUAUGCCGUAAGCUGUGCGUCGGUUUUCAUUUAUACUUCUGCGUCGUCGUCUGUGUCGACGUGCAGUACACAUGCAGACUGAUAGUCCGCAGUGUACACAGGCAUGUUGCUUGUGAACCCGCAGUACCACGGCAAAAGCCGAAGAAGAAGCAGCUCAUCGGAGAAGCAUUAUAACUGUGAUGGCAGCAAAUAAAUAUCAAAUCAUUAAAUCAUUAUUUAAAACAACAAAAAGGGGGACAACAACGGAACAGGAGAAGAUGGCAUUCUUUCAAUCUCCACAAGGACGUGUACCACGGCAGAUCAACAUUGUUUGUCACGGACCACUACUGAUGCAUAAUUCUAUAGUAUAAUAAAUGAUAAGACACUUGUUCUUUGCUUUGUUUUAUUUUAAAUAAGAAGGUGUGACAUUAAACUAUAUUACAUUGCUCAUAAACGCACACAAAACUCAAGUGCAUAUGGAGGGAAGGGUUCUAGCAGACCAAUUACAGCGAUUGCGGUCCGCAUAGAAUUGACGCGCUGUUACAUUUUUGGAGAGGUGCACGUCAGGUACGGCGUAGGUUACGGCGUAGGUUACAGCGCAGGCCUAUGCGUCUCUGCGUAGGCUACGGCGUAGGAUCGACGCAGAAGUAUAAAUUGGGCUUGAGUCAGGUCAGAUGAGUUCAGACAAACGUUUCCCAUAAUCCCUCAUUAAUAGUUCAUUAGUUGAGUGUGAACAUUCACAAUUUUACCAAUUUAUCAGCUGCAUGUUUAUGAGUGUUUUUGUCACAACAACAAACAACUAAUACUCUGCAUCUGUUCCUCAUUCCAGCUUAUUUUGGAUGCCACAUUUAUUUAUAUUUGCUUAAUGCAUAUUUUCCUUUUUAUUUUAUGUAUUUUUCCCUGUGAAAAUGGUAUUGUAAAAGGAGUCUGUCUAGAUUGUAAGAGAAUUAAAAUUAUAGUUUGACAGAAAGUCUGUGUCUCAUUUUCUCUUAAAAACAAUUAUUUAAUAAUUUUGCAUGUCAUAUUUCCACAUA